UCGCGGUCGAUCCGUUCCUUUUUCUUCCACUUACACCGUGUGUAUCUUCAAUAUUCGUUCGUUUCGUUUUGCCGGCUGAGCCAGUUUGAUUUCAUAGGAUUUUGGACUUCUGUACUCUGAGAGUUAUUAUACCUAAUCGUAUUAUUUAUUCAUUACUGGAUCCAUUGCUUCCACUCAGCAUCACCCUUUUUACAUUUACCCAGCCAUGCAGUUCUCUUAUACCCAUAUACCGGCAUUAUUGGCCUUGGUCUCUGUAGCCACCGCUACGGGAGCAGCGCCAGCUGAGACUAUUACAGAGACAGUUCACCAGACCGUCCACGAGACCGUUCAUGUGACAUUACCCCCCGAGACAAUAAAAGAGACAAUACACAUGACACUUCCGCCAGAGACAGUUAAGGAGACGAUACACAUGACCUUACCCGCAGAGACAGUAAAGGAAACCGUUCAUAUCACACUACCUCCAGAAACUGUAAAAGAAACGGUUCACGUUACUCAACCACCGGAGACAAUAAAAGAGACGGUACACGUUACCUUGCCUCCACAUACAGUAAAGGAGACAGUACAUGUUACCCUGCCACCGCAAACAGUGAAGGAAACAUACACGUUACUCUGCCGCCACACGUGAUGACAGUGUCUGAAGUGGUACACGUCACGGUAACGGAGAUGGCAAAGGCCUGCCAUCAGACGGAAGUUAUCAUCCCUAUGGGUCACGAGACGACUUCUUCCGUAGUCCAU